UUUUUUUCAAAGACUUCCAAAGCCAUCUACACUUCCACUUUAUCUCUUUCCCAGUCCCAGAAGACAAACCAGAUACCGAUUCACCUUUGAAGAUGUACACCAACACUCCUACCCACAAGUUCCUCGUUCUCUCUCCCAUCUACUCCGGUCCCAUGAAUGACCAAGUUGAGAGCAAGGAGCCAACCCGUGAACGCUCCAGCAGCCAGUCUUCCACAACCUCCACCGGAUCACAGCUGAGGGGUGCCUUCUCCCCUCUCCCCGGUGGCUUCCUCUACCUGGGACACGAGCAAGAGAGAAACUAAACUCUGACGCCACAUAAGCUUGCGCACGCCAUCCCACUUCACCAAUCGCGCUGGACACGAUACAUCUGCAAGCGCCUCAGCCCAAAUCCACCCUGCACCGGACGAAGGG